AUGUCCAACCAGCAGCCCCUCCUCGACCGCGCCGCGCUGCGACGCGACCGCCACUGCGCGAGCCUGCUCUGCCCCCCCGCGUGCAUGUUCACGACGCCCGGCUACGGCGAGGCGUGGCGGUGGAUGCUCCCUCUCGCAUGCACGUUUCUCAACGAAUGCAUCUGCCUCUCCAUGCUUUACCCAUUUCUGGGUUACAUGGUCCUCGACUUUGGCCUCGUCGAGAGCACCAACGAGGCGGGCCUCUACGUCGGCUACAUCGCAUCCAUGUUUACGCUUGGCCAGCUCCUCUCUGGCUCGUUCUGGGGCAGCGCCAGCGAUCGUUGGGGCAGGCGGAGAGUGAUCUGCAUUGGUCUCUUCAACACGAUGCUGCUCGCGCCGCUCUUUGGCCUCUCGCGCAACCUGUGGCAGGCGAUGGCUGUCCGAUUCGCGAUGGGGCUGCUGUCUGGCAACGCCGCCGCUGCAAAGGCGUACAUUGGCGAGGCCGUCACACCUGAGACGCAGGACAUGGGCUUCUCCCUGGUGGCCAUCUGCUGGUCCAUCGGCAACGUGUGUGCAGCCUCGCUCGGCGGAUUUCUCUCUCGCCCCGCGGUGCAAUUUCCAAACGCCUUCGGCGGCACCAUCUUCGAGAGUUGGCCAUACCUACUCCCAUGCACUGUCGCGGCCGCCUUCGCUGGGAUCGGCUGCGUCGUCACGCUGCGCUUCCUGCCGUCGCAGCCGCGCCGGUCCUCGGGAGAUGCCACGGCCGUGGGCGGGCAGAGUGGCCAGUCUGGCGGCCCAUGGGGCUACGUGCUCCGCAAUCGCCGCUGCCGCGAUGUCUUCCUAAUAUAUUUUUGCAUCUCAUGGCUCGACUAUGGCGCGCGCAUGUUCGAGGUGUACCCGCUGUGGGUCAGCCUCGAAGAGGUCCACUCGCUUCUCAAGCCCUCGGCGCGAGCCCACGGUUUUCCGCGCAUCGAGUAG